AUGUCUGAUACAACUGGAAAAACCAUUACUUGUAAAGCUGCUGUUGCUUGGGAAGCAGCCAAGCCAUUGUCAAUUGAAGAAAUUGAAGUUCUCCCACCAAGAGCUCACGAAGUCCGUAUCAAGAUCCUUCAUACCGGUGUCUGUCACACUGAUGCAUACACAUUGAGUGGGGUUGAUCCAGAAGGUGCCUUCCCAGUUGUCUUAGGACAUGAAGGUGCAGGUAUCGUUGAGUCCGUCGGUGAAGGUGUGACUAACGUGAAGGUUGGUGACCACGUUGUUGCCUUAUACACCCCAGAAUGUAAGGAAUGCAAGUUCUGUAAGUCAGGAAAGACCAACUUGUGUGGUAAGAUCAGAGCCACCCAAGGUAAGGGUGUUAUGCCAGAUGGUACCUCCAGAUUCAAGUGUAAGGGUAAGGACUUGUUACACUUCAUGGGAUGUUCCACCUUCUCUCAAUAUACUGUUGUUGCUGAUAUUUCAGUUGUCGCCGUUAACCCAGAAGCUAAACCAGAUAGAACUUGUUUAUUAGGAUGUGGUAUCACCACUGGUUACGGUGCCGCUACCAUUACUGCCAACGUUCAAGAAGGUGACAACGUUGCAGUAUUCGGUGCUGGAUGCGUUGGUUUAUCUGUUGUCCAAGGUGCUAAGGAAAGAAAGGCUGCCAAGAUUAUAGUCGUUGAUAUUAAUGAUAAGAAGAAGGAAUGGGCUGACAAAUUCGGUGCCACCGACUUCGUCAAUCCAACUACAUUACCAGAAGGCACCACUAUUGUUGACAAAUUAGUCGAAAUGACCGACGGUGGUUGUGAUUACACUUUUGACUGUACUGGUAAUGUCCACGUGAUGAGAAAUGCAUUAGAAGCUUGUCACAAGGGUUGGGGUGUUUCCGUUAUUAUCGGUGUAGCCGCUGCUGGUAAGGAAAUCUCCACCAGACCAUUCCAAUUGGUCACCGGUAGAGUUUGGAAGGGUGCAGCAUUCGGUGGUGUCAAGGGUAGAUCUCAAUUACCAGGAAUCGUUGAUGACUACAUGGCUGGAAAAUUGAAGGUUGACGACUUUAUCACUCACAGACACCCAUUGGACAACAUUAACACUGCCUUUGAAGACAUGCACGCUGGUGACUGUAUAAGGGCUGUCAUUGAUUUGUAA